AUGCUGGUUGAAGAGGAUCGUCUGAUCAGGAAUGGCGGAUGUGGAAUACCCAUCGGGCCGGACGGUAUGCCCCAGCCCCUUCUACCACCCAUAGCUCCUCAUCAUGUCGGACGCAAGUGUUUAAUUCUCGACCUUGAUGAGACUUUGGUGCAUAGCAGCUUUAGGGCCGUGCAAAACGCUGAUUUUAUUGUCCCCGUCGAGAUUGAAUAUACUUGGCAUCAGUUCCAUGUGUUGAAACGGCCAGGAGUUGAUGCUUUUCUUAAGAAAAUGGGUGAACUGUACGAGGUCGUCGUGUUCACGGCGAGUUUAAGCAAGUAUGCCGAUCCCGUCUUAGAUAAAUUGGACAUUCACCAGGCAGUGGCCCACCGCCUGUUCCGAGAAAGUUGUUAUAGCCAUAACGGUAACUACGUUAAAGACCUCUCUCAAUUAGGGAGAGCUAUCACAGAUACCAUAAUUCUGGAUAACUCCCCUGCCUCUUAUAUCUUUCAUCCUAACAACGCGGUUCCUGUCUCCUCAUGGUUCAAUGACCCACACGACGCAGAGCUGGUGGAUCUCAUUCCUUUUCUGAUUGACCUCACCUCGGUACCUGAUGUUAGAGGUAUUUUGAAUCCCGCUCGAUGUCAAUGA